CUUCAUCUUUGCUCACAACGUCUUGUAUCUAUACUACACUUGCAUCGAAGAUAGCAAAUCAGGCUCCGGUAAGAGUCGAUAGAGAACUAUGAGUGCCCUCAAGCUAGAGGACAAGCCCGUCGAUGUACCGACAGAUGAUGAUACCGUCGUUGAGCCAUUUACCGAUGAGACGGGUGCUCCAGCUACCCUUCCAGAGGUAGGGAAUGGAGGAGAGGAAAGUAAGAUGAAGGUACUUCUUGGUCUCCUCAGAAAACUUGUCGGAGUGAAAGAUGUUGCCAACUUACGACUAUCCCUCCCCGCAUCCCUACUUGAACCCAUACCAAAUCUCGAGUACUGGCAAUAUGCAGACAGAGCAGACAUUUUCGCCGCUAUUGGAGACCCCGAAGAUGAGUUAGGGAGGAUGCUUGCUGUUCUCCGAUUCUCCUUCUCCAAAGAGCUCAAAUUCGUCCGUGCUCGAUUGGGGAAACCAUAUAAUUCAGCCCUAGGGGAGCAUUUCAGAUGUUCAUGGCAUCUUCCACCAUUAUUAGUCGACAAAGAGACCAAAGAGCCCAUAGUUAGAACACACAUACAUGUGCCGGUAUCCGGCGAGCCAGCCUAUGGUGGGCAAGGUGGUAGUGGCUGGACGACUCCUAUUCUUCGGCCGGAAGACGGCGGCAAACAGACUUUAGAAAGUGACGCAAUUUCAGUGAUUUCCACCUCUUCCAAAUCAUCCCGAAAGAUUCCUACGGUAGCUUCCGUAUCCAAACAGCUGUCUUCGCUCAGCGUGAAUCGAGUCAUUCCAGGACCAGGUGAUGAAAUAGAAGCCGAGCCGGAUGCAGGUGUCGUGGAGAGUGAGAAAGUGACGGUGGUUUUCAUCUGCGAACAGGUCUCACAUCAUCCUCCUGUAUCGGCGGCGUAUUACACUUGCCCUGAAAAGGGUAUCGAAGCUAUGGGUAUGGAUCAAAUAACAGCACGGGUCUCAGGCAUGGCUGUACGAGUAGGACCAGGUCCUUCCAACAAAGGCAUCUUUGUCAGAAUAAACAGACCCGGGCCAGGACAGGGCGAGGAGUAUCAGAUAUCACAUCCUUCCGCUCAGGUGAAUGGGAUUCUGAAGGGUAGCUAUUAUGGCACUAUAUCGGAUCAAAUCUCGAUCACUUGCAGAGGUGGAGAGCCCACAAAAACAAAAUUGCGAGCUCUGAUUGAUUACAAAGACGAGUCGUGGCUUGGCAGACCGAGAUUCAUGCUCGAUGGAAUCAUCUACCGGUAUACACCUGGGACGGAAGAAGAAAAUUGGACGAAGCCAAAGCAAGUGCCCAUGGAGAAGGUGGUGGCGCAUAUUGAGGGUACUUGGAUGAAGAAAAUCCGAUAUAAGUUAAAGGGAGAGAAGGAUUGGACAACUCUAAUCGAUCUCGACCUCCUCGCUCUUAUCCCUAAAAACGUUCGUCCUCUACAUGAACAAGACGAAGCCGAGUCUCGGAGAUUAUGGGAUCCCGUCACACAAAAUCUCAUAUCGAAGAACUGGGGCGAAGCAACAAGGCAGAAACAAGCUAUCGAGCAACGUCAACGAGAUUCUGCUGCUAAGCGCAAAGCAGCCAAGGAGGAGUAUAUCCCACGAUUCUUCGUGCCCGACUAUACGGAUGGUAAGCCGAGAUUGAGCGAAGCAGGUCAACAGGCUGUGAGGGAGGAAAUUGAGAGAACGAGGAAGAUUCGAGAUCAAUCAGUGUAG